UGUCUGAGUGUGUGCUGCAUCUGUGUGAGAGUCAGUGUGUGCAUCAGUCCCUGUGUGUGUGUGUGUCCUGCACAUACCACCAGGCGUAGAGUGGGUCUCUCUUGCUCAGUCUCCCCCCGCGUGGGCUCUCCUCCUGGGUGUUGCUAGCCAAACAACUCCCCCGGGCUGGUUCUAGGUCUGGGGGUAUGACCAGGGAAGGAAAGCCAGUCCAGAGAACCAUCAGGACAUCACAGACCAGGCACAGUUUCCUCAGAUGACACCUAGCAUACCUCUACCCCCACCACCAUGGAGGUAUCUUACCUAGACAUUAUAUACCUCUACCCCCAUGCUGAAAGUUCACUGCUGAUCACUUGCCAUUUGCUAGAUUUUUUGCUUGUUCAUACUGCCUUUGUGGCUUGAACCGGGAUUGGGAGUACGUUAACUUGCCUGACAGCUUUACUAUACAUAUUGAAAACCUCCAUUGCAGGAGAAAUGUGGUUUAGAAGUUUCUGGAGAGAAGCGCAGCUCUCCCUAGCAACUCUAUCCGUCUGACUGGUCGGGUUUUCCUCUCCACCCCCCGAGGCAGUUCGGUCCACCCAUCCGUCAGGGAGCGAGAGAAAAUUAAUCAAGCUGUCGACGCUAAGAGGAUCAAUAACAUGAGCGGUUAGCUGCCACCCCUGGCUGAACAUGAGCGGUUAGCUGCCACCCCUGGGCCUCCACGGACCAUUGACAUCACAGGAGGUAGUGAUCAACCAGGAAGCGAAAAGCUGACAUGCAGUUUUCUUGACAUGGCACCAACGUGGAAAAUGACCCAUGGAUGUAGGGUUAGAGCGGAAUCCUCACCUUUCACUUGGAGGAAAAGGAACGUUGUUCCUCCACUCAGAUGAAGUCUCAAAAAGUCUUAAUUUCCUUGGGUGAAUGAGAGAGGGAUGAAGUGGGUGAGGAAGAGCUAGCGACCAAGAGACAAAGAGAAAGGAGAGGUAGAAUUUUCUGGGGGAAUCCAGCGAAGAGACGUUCACGAUGAAGACCAUGACAAUGUGCCGGAAUGAGUUUGAUGUCCUAGUUGGAAGUCUUCCCAGGAAAAGGAGGGAAAGAGAGAUUUUGUCUUUUUGCUGUACUAUUGUGGAAUAUCCCUCUAACAGUAAAAGAGAGACAGGGGAUUUCCUGACUUGACUGGUUUCUGGUAGACUUUUCUGUGGAGUUUGUUUUUCAUGGGGGUAUUGAGAGAUCCUUACAUACCUGAGUAUUGACACACUCGCCUUAACCACUGAACCCUUGACAAAUAUUUACCAUGGUGUUGUCCCACUGGGCACAUAUGCCAGUUCAACGUCUAGUUUUUAUUUACAUUUGGCUGAGCUGUUACUGUAAAUUCAACAUGAAAUCAACAAAAAAUAUCACCAUGUCAAGGGAUUAAGGUUAAAAGUUAGGUGAAAAAAAGACGAAAUUCCCUUAUGUUGAUCACUUUUUGCAUAUCCAAUGAGUUUUCCAUGUUGAUUCAACAUCAUCACAUUGAUUUUUUGGGUUGAAAUAAUGUGGAAACAACGUUGAUUCAACCAGUUUUUGCCCAGUGCGGUAGUUCUAACCCCCGGCAUAAACCAGUUCACCAAAUGUCAUUGGACAAAAGUCACCCUCCCCAGCCACAUCGAAAUGCUCCUUCACUUUGAGAAGACAUCGAAUUUGACAUUCAAAAAACAUGUAAAAGGGGAGAGAACCAAACAGUGAGAGACCAUGUCUGUGGGAUUCUAGUAGUUUAUUUUAACCUGUGAGUGACACAUAGCAAAACGAGCACACACCUUUAGCUUAAAUGAAGGCGGGUCGCUCUCAGGCGGGACGGGAGAAGAAAAUGAUGCACGUGAACAACUUCCCCUUCAGGAGGCAUUCCUGGAUCUGCUUCGAUGUGGACAAUGGCACGUCAUCGGGACGCAGCCCCCUGGACCCCAUGGCCAGUCCAGGGUCGGGGCUCAUCCUGCAGGCCAACUUUGUCCACAGCCAGCGGCGAGAGUCCUUCCUCUACCGCUCUGACUCGGACUAUGACCUGUCACCCAAGUCCAUGUCCAGAAACUCCUCCAUCGCCAGUGACAUGAAUAACCACCUGCAGAGGCCAGGCCUGACCUCGCGACGGUCUGAGCCCGUCAUUAGUGGAAACCAUGGCGAUGACCUGAUAGUCACACCAUUUGCACAGGUACUGGCUAGUUUGAGAACAGUACGGAAUAACUUUGCUGCACUAACCAACUUGCAACAAGAUAGAGCCUCAAACAAGCGAUCCCCUAUGUGUAACCAACAACCACCCAUCACCAAGUCCUCUUUCUCAGAGGAGGCCUACCAGAAGCUGGCCACGGAGACGCUGGAGGAGCUGGACUGGUGCCUGGACCAGCUGGAGACCCUGCAGACCAGACACUCUGUCAGUGAGAUGGCCUCCACCAAGUUCAAGAGGAUGUUGAACAGGGAGCUGUCUCACCUGUCUGAGAUGAGUCGCUCAGGGAACCAGGUCUCUGAGUUCAUCUCCAGCACCUUCUUAGACAAGCAGCAUGACGUGGAGAUGCCAUGUCCACAGACGCAGAAGGAGAGGACGGACAAGAAGAAUGCCAAGCCCAUGUGUCAGAUCAGUGGGGUGAAGAAGCUGCAGCACAGCACCAGCCUCUCCAACUCUAAUAUACCCCGCUUUGGGGUCAAGACCGACACAGAGGACCAACUGGCUACGGAGCUUGAGGACAUCAAUAAAUGGGGCCUUAAUCUUUUUAAAGUCACCGAGCUUUCAGGAAACCGGCCUUUAACAGUCAUGAUGUAUACAAUUUUCCAGGAAAGAGAUUUAUUAAAAACAUUCAAAAUACCAUUAGACACCUUUAUAACCUACCUGAUGACUCUAGAAGACCAUUACCACGGCGAUGUAGCCUAUCACAAUAACAUCCAUGCUGCUGAUGUCACCCAGUCCACUCACGUGCUGCUGUCCACGCCUGCUCUAGAGGCUGUGUUCACAGACCUGGAAAUCCUAGCUGCAAUCUUUGCCAGUGCUAUUCAUGACGUCGACCACCCUGGGGUCUCCAACCAGUUUCUCAUCAGCACCAACUCGGAGCUGGCCCUCAUGUACAACGACUCGUCAGUCCUGGAGAACCACCACCUGGCUGUUGGCUUCAAGCUGCUUCAGGAAGAGAACUGUGACAUCUUCCAGAACCUGACCAAGAAACAACGGCAGUCCCUCAGGAAGAUGGUCAUAGACAUGGUACUAGCUACUGACAUGUCCAAGCACAUGAAUCUCCUGGCUGACCUGAAGACCAUGGUGGAGACCAAGAAAGUCACCAGCUCUGGAGUGCUGCUACUAGAUAACUACAAUGACAGAAUACAGGUCCUCCAGAACAUGGUGCAUUGUGCGGAUCUCAGCAACCCUACCAAGCCCCUGCAGCUGUACCGCCAGUGGACGGACCGCAUUAUGGAAGAGUUCUUCAGCCAGGGGGACAGGGAGAGGGAGAGAGGCAUGGAGAUCAGCCCUAUGUGUGACAAACACAACGCCUCUGUACAGAAGAGCCAGGUGGGGUUCAUCGACUACAUCGUCCACCCUCUGUGGGAGACAUGGGCUGAUCUGGUGCACCCUGACGCUCAGGACAUUCUGGACACUCUGGAGGACAACAGGGAGUGGUACCAAAGCACCAUUCCCCAGAGCCCCUCGCCCGCCCCGGACGAACCCGAUGACGGCAGCGGACGUCCCCCCGGAGGGGACAAGUUCCAGUUCGAGCUCACCCUGGAAGAGGACGGUGAGUCGGACACGGAGAAAGACAGUGGGAGUCAACCAGAAGAGGAGGAGAAUAGCUGUAACUCGAAAACGCUCUGCACGCAGGACUCGGAAUCCACGGAGAUCCCGUUGGACGACCAGCCGGAAGAGGAGGUGGAGGAGGAGGUGGUGGUGGUAGAGGAGGAGGAGGAGGAGGGUGAAGGGGUACGCAGGGAACCAAGUAUGGCGGAGUUGGAGGAGGAGGAUGAGGAGGGAGAGGAGGAAGGGGAGGAUACAUAGCAGAAACUGCGCUGGUUGCCAAACUGCGAGAGAGAGACUGUUGCGUUACGACGGUGACUCAAGGGACGAGGUGAAUACUAGUAAUCGUCACAAUGUUGGUGAUAUGGCAUCAUCGGGAGUUCCAAAGCACACGUUGCACUCCUCAAUCCCAGUCUUCUCCUCACUCCACUCCACCUGGAGGUGAUAUGGGGGCACAGACCCCCCACCUCCCCUCCCCCCAAGACUUCCUCCCUUGGAGCUCCACACUUUUGCACUCAGGAAUAUUUUAGUCGACUUUCUUGCCUCUUUUUUCAUUUAUCUUCUGGUUCAUUUGGCCUAUCGGGAGCGAGGUGACACCUGGUGGCCUUGAGUUCAAAAGGCCAACCUCAUCCUCCUGCCUCUCCUCUAGCUCCUCCCACUUCCUGUAAAUGCAGGAAGUAAACAGGAAGUGUUCUUUGACUCCCAGACUGAGCACAUGGGCAACACACAAGAUGCUUGGAACAGUCCCAACUGUAGCAUCAUGGGAGGACAGCCAGAGGGGGGAUAGAUGGAUUGCAAGGUGACCCCUGGACUGCAAGGUCACCCCAGUCCACUAAUACCAUCUGAAAAACCAAUGAGGGAUAUUAUAGGGAGAGACAGACAAAUAAAUACUUUGCGAGAGGAUUUCAAAGAGACCUUUUUUUCUAAAGUUCAAGUCUUCCUUGAAACCAGACUGGUAGAAAACGCUGUUUUUGACCUCAGUUUUUGUAUUGUAGUAAAACUUAAAUCUUUUUGUAGAUAACUUUUGUUAAUGGAGAGUGAGAGAGAGAGAGAGAGAGAGAGAGAGAGAGAAAAAGUGGAGGAAGAUGUUCAAUUUAAAAUCUUCUUCGUCAUCUAUUGCAACCAUUGAAACUUGAUUUUUAGAAGAUAUAUGUUACAUCAUAACAUAAUAGGUGUGGUCUUUCUGGGAAAGUGUGCUGAGUGGAUGUGACUAAAGCUCUCUGCACUCAAUCUGCUUUAUCUUCACACCCAGGUAUUUCAGAUAGGGGCAACUUAUAUGAACAUGUGUGGUUUUCUGUUUGAGACUGUUGGGGUUCUUCAUGUAACUUUACUGCAGCUUUAAAUGUACCAACUCUUUUUCUUUUUUUAAAACAGAAAGAAGCCGGUAACUACUGACCUUAAGAACAUAAUAAUAAUAAUAAUAAUAAUAUAUAAAAUAUACGUAGGCCAUGUUUCCAUUUACAGUAAAUAUGACAUGGUAGGUCUUGUUAACAUCCUGAGUAUGAGGCAUGUAGCGAUUUAGUUCUAUCCAACCAAAUAGACUGUCCAAAUAGACUGUCCAAAUAGACUGUCCAAAAAGACUGUCCAAAUAGACUGUCCAGUCUAUCUACAAAUUGUUAAAUCUGUUUUGAAAUAGGUGGUACAUUUUUCUCAGCUGUUAAGGAUUAUGAAUAACCCCAUUGACCUUCACUUAGCUUCCAUAAACACUCAAAGUUAUCAGUGAUAUCUGUAACACUUUAGCAUAUAGUCACACAUUCAUAUCUUCUGGGUUUCAUCAUUUCAAAACUGAAUUCAUCUGAAGUACAAAGGGACGUGAGCUAUUGAUGGAACUGAUGUUGUUUUACACAAAACAAAUAACAAGGGUGUAUUCACGUACACUCUAUAUGUAUUGCAAAAUUAGAAAUAUUGCAAAAAAUAUUUGUCAAAUGAAAAUAGUGACUGUAUUCUAAAGUGUUCCAACACAUGUAUACCUGCUUGUAUUGCAUUGGCUAAGGCUAUCUGCAUCUGGCCCUUUAUGUUGUACUGAAUCAUCAUCCCACGUCUUUACAAUCUGCCUAUUUCAAAUGUCUGGAUUACUAGAAUGACAAACACUUUGACAAUAUUUGCCUUUGUUCUUUUUCAUUAUUAUAAUAAUUUUCUCUUAUUGGGAUUUCACAUUGGACAUUGACUAUCACCUGCAUAGUUUAAAAAUCUACCUUUCAUAUUUGAAUACUUCAUAGGUAUGUGUGUAUAUGUAUAUAGCUGUACUGCUAGCAUCAAAACCAUUAACAGACUCUUCCAUACAUGUCAUGCCUCAUAUGAGGACACAAUCCCAUAUAAUCCAUGGUAUUUGGAAAGAAUUCCACUAAAUUGAAGUAGUAGCACAGUAAUUGCAGAUGCUUUAUGUUUUAGAUUUCAUAUUGCAAUAUAUUUGUCAUUUUCAGGGGGAGGACUAGAUAUGGAUGACGUCAUUUCAACCCCUAUAUAGCUUUUUUAUUUUUGCCAAAACUACUACUACUUCUUCUCCUCCUCCUCCCCUGCUGGACUUGCACAAUGCAGCACACACCAUUAAGUCAAGUGGUUUCUGUGUUGAUUUUGUAUAUUUCUUUAUUUAUAUUUAUUGAUUUGGUAACACUGUCUUUGAGUCACAUGUAGUAAUGCAUUAUGAAGUCUCAUAAAGGCUAUUUAAGGAGUUAUGAGCUGUUAUGAAUGCUUAUAAAUAAAUGUUUUAUUUAACCUUUAUUUAACCAGGAAAAGCCCAUUCUUAUAGUCCAUUAUGGGUGUGAAAGAAGGCUCUAUGAAUGCAUUAUAUAGACGCAGGUGGUUAAUGGUGUUGCCAUGGAUUUGUUGUUUUUGUUACAGUUUGGCAAUCCUAAGUAAGACAGCACUGUAGAACACACAACCUGUAGCGUAAUGACAUGAUGCCCCCUUUGUUCCUGCUCUGGUGAUACGAUGUACUUAGAACCAUAGAAAUAGAAUGACUAAAAUAGUCAAUCUAUAGCCAUUAUAUUUCUAUGCUUGGAAUCAACACUUAUGUCAGACAUGGGGGGAAGGAAACAUGUCCACAUUGAAAAGACUUGAAUCUGGAUUUUAAAGUAAAAAUGUUAACAUUUUAUUAUUGGGUAAUGGUAUAUUUCUUUACAAUUUCAUUUCUUGUGCCAUCUUUUGGUUGUGUUUUUUGCUUGCCUCACCGGACGACCUUACCUGUUAAUGGAUUUUUCUUGUUUGUCUCUGUUUACAACCAUGUAUUUAUUAAGCUUAUUGUAGUGUUGCAUUCUGUAAAUGACGGAUUCUUACUCUAUCAUCUGAUGGUGUUGGUGUAUUUGGAAAACCUCUUGUUGAGAGAAUGUUUAUUAUGAUCCAUACUUACCCAAUGUAUAAAUCUCUUCUGUACAAAAAUGAUAAAAGUGAAUGAAAUUAAAUGAAACGUCACCUCAGAGCUUUUUCAUGGGGGCACCAGGGGAGUGAGCCUAACUAUACCAGGGUUGUAUUCACUAGGCACCAAACGGAAGAAAACUGACUGAAACAGGGAGGGACUACCUGAACUUUUCCAAUAAGAAAGAUUUGUUUUCGUUUUCCGUUUCAAAACGUUUUGCUACG